AUGUUAGAUAAUGCAGACUAGAUUAUAAAAGAAGAAGAAGAUAUCGAGACUGCAAGAGAUCCCUCAAGCAAGGCUAUAAGUUUCAAACACUCUUAAAAUAUAUAUAUUGAGGGGCAAGAAAAUCCAAUUAAUAUAUAAUCAUAAUGCAUAUAAACUCCCCAUCUAAAAAUAACUGAAAAUCUAGGUUUUUUACAAGAACCGUAAUUGCCUAAUAUAUUAAAUUUGCUAAAAGAAGAAUAAACAAACACAGACAAAGACAAGCUUAACUAGCCUAAAUAGGAAGUAAUGAUUACAAAAUUGUAAACAUUUAUGGAAGAUUUAGGUAAAACCUAAUCUAUAUCAAAUAGCCAAUCCAGAGAUGGAAGAACCAAUUCCGUCAUGACUGUUACGAAUAGAAGCAUCCCUCUUGAAAAGGCUAACUAAAAAGAAAUUCCAACAUUCUCUAGUUAUAUCAAUAAAUCUAAACUCACAACUAGCUCCAACAACAAUGCAGAAGUAUAAGAUCUCUAAAUAUUGUAAAACGAUAACUCAAAACCUGACUCAAAUUAAAAGAAAAGUGGAAGGUUUUUUCAAGAAGUUGAGAAGGUAUUCAAUCAACAAAAUCUAGGGUAAUAAGAAAGCUAAAACAAAGAGAGUGAUACUGGUAGUCUUAAAGAAGAUUUAGAUUUACAAUAAAUAUAAACUAAUUUGUUAAUAUCUCACGAGAAGAAGCAUUCUAAUCAUAGUAGAAGUAGCAGCUAGAAUAUUAAUAGCAGUCGUUAACAGAGCACUAGUAAAUAUAAGGUAAUCAGACCAUAAGCAAUAAAUAUUGAAUAGAUUUACAUUCAAAAUAAAAGAGAUACCAAUCUGUUAAAAGAAUUUCGCCCUGUUCAAGAUAUUGAUUAAGGGGAGAUGAAAACACCUAAAUUACCAUUUGAUUAGUAGCAAACAUAAUAAUUAAAUAAUUCGGAUUUUGAAAAAAAUAUUAAUAAUACAACUUUUUAACAUGCAAAUAACAUUUAAAAUACAAGCGAAAAUUAAACAAAUCCUAACAUUAAUAAUAAUAACACAGACACUUAUACAUAAUUUGAUGCUAGAAGAAAGAAUUAUGUGUAAAGAGAAAUAUAUAAAUUUAGCGAGUAUUAAUAUACACCAACUCCUCUAAUUGAAAAUAUGCAUUCUCAAUUAACACUAGAGCACAUGUAUGAAGAACUAGAAACAAUCGAGCAUCAAUAACAAUAUUUUAAUGCUCCACAUUUAGAAAACCCUACAGCUGAGUUUAUUAAGUCUAUGGUUCUCUGUCAUUAAAUAAAAACAAAAAAACCAAAAGAAAGUCAAGACGGAAUAUAUAUACACGAUUUAUCUUCCCAUGAAGAAAAUAUUUUGUAGAGAUUAGCCUUGACUCUCGAUGUCCCCUUUAUCUAUUCAGGAGCUUUUAAUAGCAAAAAAUUUUAUUAAAUUAAAUUCAAAAACAGAGAAUUAAGAUACGAAAUAAAAGGAGUUAACACAUAUUCGCAAGAAAGAGGAAGAUUUUCUAUAAUAUUAAAAGAACAAGCUCUAAUAGAUCACACAUAAGGAGGAAUAGGAAGCAAUCAUACUCCAAGUUCUCCAGAUAGAAAAAAAAAUAGCUAAAAUGAAGAUAAAAAAUAAUUUAUGCUUGUGAGAGGUGAUGAAAAAUCAAUCCUACACAAAUGCUUAAUGUCAAAAACUGAAAAAGAUAAAUUGAAUAAACUGCUUAAUAAUUUUUCUAUGAAUGGUAUGCAUUUCAUAAUUUAUGCGAAGAAAUAUGUGACGAAUAGUUAGAUAUCUGAUUUUAAGAAAUAAAUAUAAAUGGCACACUAAGAAGCAAAUGAUUAAACUGAAACAAUCAUAGAUAAUUUUGAAUCUGAUCUUACUCUUUUAGGUAUUGUUUGCCUUCGCUAGAAGAUGGUCCCAGAUAUUCACCAAACAAUAGAUAUUAUUAGAAAUUCUGACAUUUGCACUUGGGUGCUUUCAGGAGACAAACAAUAAAAAGCAAUAGCAGCCGCUUUAUAAGCAGAGAUUAUAGCUCCUCAUUCCGAAUUUCUUGUUAUCGACUAAACAAACUAUGACGAACUUAAGUAUCAGAUAAAAAGUCAUUUGCUAUAAGUGCAAAAGCUCAUUUUAAAAGAAGAUGAGGAUACAAACUCUCCAUCUCCUUCUUAUAGAUCCAAAGCCAAUUAAGUUAGAACCAGAAGACUCUCCUCUAUGGUAGGACACAAAGGAAAGGGAGACUCAUAAGAUUAAAUGAAUAGACUAGUUUUAUAAGUUAAUGGAAAUUCUCUAUUGCAAAUUUUAAAAGAUCCCUAUCUUAAAAGUCACUUCAGUUUUUUGUGUAUGAUCUGUAAAAGCGUUAUUGGCUAUGAUUUUUCACAUGAAGAAAAGGCUCACAUGACCCAGCUAAUUCAUGAGUCAUUUGUUGUUAAACCCACAGUCUUAGCAAUCGGUGCUUCAUGGUGCGAUUCUUGGAUGAUGAACGUUGCUGACGUUUCUUUGCAGAUCGAUUCUCCAGGAGAUAGAGCUAAUACUCAUCAGAAAAGAAUGUUGGGCGAUAUUUUAAUAGACAGACUAAAAGACUUCAAAAAGAGUAUACUGGAUGAGUCUAUACAUUUAUAGGAGAAGAUUAGGUCUUUAGUUAUUUUAAUUUUUAAAUACUCUUUCUUCUACACUUUGCUAAAUUACAUUAAUGCGCUCCACAGCUAUCAAUACUAUACCUUAGCAGUUUAAUAUAAUUAAAUUCUAAUGAAUCAUUUUCUUUAGAUUAUUAUUUCUUCUUUCUUCUUGUUUAGUGGUAGAUUCAACACAACAAGGAGCUGUGUUAUUAACGUAUAUCCCUCUUUUUAUCGCUUUUGCAAGAACUACUUUUCAUGGAUAAAAUCCCAUUUCUUAGAAACUAUUAUUAUGGGAGCUGUUGAGGGCUUAAUAGUAUCUAUUCUGUUAGAGGAUACUUUUUUUGGAUACAAUAGUUCAGAUGGAAGACUGCGAGAUGACAAAACUGUGUCUGAUCUUCUAUGUAUAAUAUACACUCUUUCGCUUGUAAUAAUGACUUAAUGUCUUAAUGGUAUUUUCUCCCUUAAAGCUAGGAUUCUCCAUUUAUUUUUCUCUAUAGUCCAAAUAACUCUCACAUUAGUGUGGAAUCAACACUUAAAUCUGAACACUGAUUUGUAUGUAGUCAAUCUCACAGAAACUCUCAAUUAAUCAUGUGUAUGGAUUAUGUUCUUCUCAGUAAGUCUUUUUAUAUGGACAUUCGAAAUGCUCUACCAAAAAAUACUCAGAAAAUAUAUUACAAAUGAUAUCAUUAGGAAAUUCAUAAAAGAAUAAUCAGAAAACAUGAAUUUCUAAGGCUUGCUAGGAUUAAAGCCAUACCAAAACUACAUCAAAAACUUAAAAGCUCAUCCAACCAUGAACCCCUAAUUUUAUGCAAACCUCUUCAAAGCCUUAUUUACUCAUGUUGAGAUGGAUGGAUUCUUGAGAAAAAUCAUUGACCCUGGUGAGAAAGUAGAGAAUUUAUCCGGAAUCGAUAAAUUAAAGCUGAAAUUCAAUGACGAAAGGUUAGAGAAAAGUUAUAGAAACCAUAAGUUAUAAUUUGUUUGGACAAUAUAUUUAAAACCAAUUACACUUAUGUCGUUUAUUCUUUUACUGUCUACCAUAUUUUAUCUGAUAUACAAUUAAAACAACAACACUUAUCAAUUAAUCCUUGAUAUAUUAAGAUUAAUAGUUGAGUUUUGCUCUACUGUAGCAUAUGCAACUAUUUGGUUCCAUAAAAAAUUUAGUGUUUUCUAGCUCAGCAAUAUCAUUAAAAUUAAUAUAAGAGUUCUGCUUUCAACUAUUUUGGUUCUGUAUUCUAUAUCGAUUGUCUUUUAUGAUGAUAGUGAAAUGAAUCAAAUUCUUUAAGAACACUUGGUAUUAUUUGCUAUAUUAAGUUGGGAUGCUAUUCCUCCUCCUUUCAUUUUCCCAAUUGUGCUUAAUCUGCUUAAUUAUAUCAGCCUUUUCAUAUUUGUUAUUGCAAUUUAGAAUUAGGGAUCAGAAUAAAACCUAUAAAUUUACUAUAAAGCUACAAUCACUGUUGUGUUAUUCUUUUAUUCUCUAUUGAACAUCGGAUCUUAUUACAAUAAAGAUUAUUUGAGAAGGGAUCUCUUCUUGAUGGAAAACAGAAUCAAAUUCGAAGAAAAUAAAGUUGAUCACGUACUUGCUAAUCUUCUUCCUAAUUUCGUCAGAAGCAGGUUUAACAGAAAUGGCGAUACAAAUAUAGAAGAAGAUCAAGGUGAGGUUGCGAUUGUUUUUGUAGAAAUUGUUUCUUUUGAUGAGAUUUUAAAAGAGUAAGAUGAGAAUUUCAUUCAUUGGUUAGAUAAUCUUUACAGAAGCUUUGAUUAUGUUUGCUAGCGUUAUGGCGUUCAAAAGAUAGAAACAGUAGGUAAAGUAUACAUGGCUUGCAGUGGAUUAGAUGUAGCUAAACAUUAGAAAGCUAAAAAGGGCAAUGACAGAAUCUGGAGGGAAAAUGAAACCAAGAAGGCUCUCGAUGCAGCUUUCGCUAUAUAGAAAAAGGCAUAGAAGAUCUAUUGGGGAUCUAAGUCUCAAAAGACUACUUUAAAAAUUGGUAUCCACUAUGGAAGAGUUAUUGCUGGUGUUAUCGGAUAUCAUAAACCUCAAUUUAGUCUUAUCGGAGAUACAGUAAAUACCACUUCUAGAGUGUGUUCUCAUUGUGAAGCGAAUAACAUCACUCUUUCUUAGCAAGCUCAUGAAAGAGUCAAAGACUAAGACUAUGUAUCCAAGGGAGAAAUCGUUAAAAAUGUCAAGGGAAAAGGUGAUUUGCAAGUUUACAAAUACUUUAAAAGAGAAAAACUCUUAAGAAGAAAUUCUGAUAAAGAUUUAUCUCUGGAUAAUACGCCUUACUUGAAAAAGAAGUUAACUGAAGGAGAAAAAAGAAGUCCUUAACUAUUAAAAUCGUUCUCAUUAUAGGGAAAUGCUCUUUUAACUCAAAAUAAUAUUAAAACUCUAUUUUAAUUUCCUUAAAACGGAAACGCAAAUGGGUCACCUCAUAAUUAAAAUAAUUUAGGAAAUAUAAAUAAUUAGAAUUAGUCAAACAAUAACAGUAACAAUAAUAGUAAUAUAAUACCAUCAAUUAGUUCUAUAAAUUAAUCUUCAAGAUAGAAUAGCUAGUGUGGAAAUAAUUAGACAACAACUGCUGCAUUAACUACUACCAACAACAACAGCUCGCUUUAUCCUUAGCAUACCAUUCAACAUUAUAAUAGAGCGGCCACGAAAAAACCAAGUUAAUACAUCAGAAAGAGCUCGUUUGAAAAUCUAGAAUAGCAAAGCACUCCUUCUUCAAAAUCAAAAACAUUCAAUUAACUAAAUAUGAUUGAUCUCUCUCCAAAAAGAAAAUCUAAAAGAAUGUCAAACACUGUUGUGAUUCCAAGAGUCAGCAUUGUUAGUAAAUUUGAUGACCUCGAAAUAGACGAAGAAGAAAUUGAGCCAGAAAAAUAAUUCAACAUAGCAAACAGUGAAAGUUAGUAUAUAAACUAGCAAGAUGAAGAAAAGGAUGAAAAAGGAACAAGCACCAAUCUUUCCUAAAAGAAUAAUUUAAAAUCUCCUCAGCUAAAUAAACAGGAAUAGGAGACCAAUAAUGCUGCUUAUUUAUAGAUUAAGAAUCGUUGGUUGCUGACUUUGGAAAACGAAAAGGAAGAAACUGUUAUGAAAUUUAAGAAGAUGAUUCGUAAAGAUUUAUAAAAAUCAUAUCAAAUUAGUUCUUUUAUUGUGAUUGCAGUACAUUUUUUCAAAACACUUAUGCUUUUUGUGAUAGGAGAUGUGCUUUAAAGUAAAAGAAUGACAGUAUUAAUCACUAUAAGAAUGAUAUUCGAAAUUGUGCUAUUUAUACUCAUGAUUUUAUAUUCUAAAGCUCUUAACUCGAACUUUUUAAACUACAUCAACUUAAUAUUCCUAUUCAUCUCUGUGAUUUUCCUAUAGGUCCUCUCAGGACAAGUGUUUGAUCAAGAGAGCUUUAAAACUCUUCUAAUUAUAGACUACUUUGAGGGCGCUUUGGCUUAAAAUGUUAUCUCCAACUUCUCGACAUUUUCUUUCUAGUAAUCACUGAUUUUCAAUAUAAUUUACAGCGCAAUAUGGAUCUACAACAUCAAAACAAGCUUUAUUUAAAUUGCCCUUGUUGUGUGCUUGUCUGUUUUUGAAAUCAUGAGAAACUUUUUUAGACAGAGACUUUACAUUUAGAAUUAUAACCAGAUAGUCAAACUCGACAACAAAAAAACUGAAAAAGAUUCUCUCCUUCGCCAUCUCCUCCCUCAGCAUGUUCUCACUAAAUUUUUCUAAGACCAACAAAAAAAAUAAGAAUUUUAAGAAACUUUGCAAGAUGUCACCUUGCUCUUUGCAGAUAUUUCAGGUUUUACAAGCUACUCCAGCAAAUCUAGGCCUGAAGACGUUGUUAAAAUGUUGCGUGAGCUCUUCAUCGAAUUCGAUAAAUCCUGCAUCACUAGAAAUGUAUAUAAAGUCUAUACAAUUGGAGAUUGCUAUGUAGUGUUAGGAAUGACGAACAUAAACAAUAGAAUAAUACAUGAAGAAGCUAAAAAUGUAGUGGAUAUGGGUUUCUCUAUGAUUAAGACAAUUUAGUACGUUAGGGAUAAAGUGAAUAACUCAGACCUUUAAAUGAGAAUAGGAAUCCACACAGGAAAGAUUUUAGGAGGAAUAUUAGGAACGAAUAUAGUCAGAUACGAUAUUUUUGGAAAGGAUGUCAUGAUAGCCAAUAAGGUCGAGUCAAAUGGUGUAGGUGGAUAAAUCUCUGUCAGCGAAGCAACAAAGGUUCUUCUCGAGAAUAAUUACAAAGAUAUUUUCUAAUUCAAAGAUCAUAAUCCCAUUAAACUCAAAAACUUUGAAGAGGAAAUUAAAACCUAUCUAGUGAAACAAAAAUGA